GGAAAAACCAAACUAUCUCUCAAACAGAUCCAAGAGGCUGAGCAACGUGAAUUUGAGGAGCGCGAAAGGCGUCGAGUAAAGGACGCUCAGCUGCAGAUCCAACAGAUGGUUCUGCAAGAACAGCAAGCUGCUGCAACGGGUGUUCCUGCACAAUCUACUUGGGCCAACAAUUCAUCUCCGUGGAAAGUCAAUGCUGCCACCAAGACCACUGCUCCAAAAGCUGGUCCUGUUGCUCACAGAAAAUCGCUUGCUGAGAUUAUGAAAGACGAAUCUAAACGCAAGACUGCUGAGGUUUUGCGACAGGCCGAAAUGGUGGCUACGACUGAUAAGCGUUAUGCCGAUUCUGCAGCGACUGGUGUAUCUAGUCUUCAUACUACCGGCGCCAGCUGGGGCAGCAGUGGUAGCAAAGUACCUGCUGUUGUUGCAACUGGUCCUGUUCUCAAGCCUGUCAUGGUUCCUGCUCAGACCUCAUCCCAUAUAAGCCACAUUAGCACCACCAGUGCUGACGGUGGUGCCUGGAAUGUUGUCGGAAAACAGACCUCUGCACCUUCUACGGGAUCUCGACCUACACUGCAAUCUCCCAGUUCUACUCUAGCCAGUGCCCGAGUCUCUCAGACACCUUCGCAAGCCACUAAUGGAUCAGCAGCUCUUGUUCAAUGGUGUCGCGUUGCUCUCCGUGGAGUUCAAAGAACUUCGACCACAGUCAACGUGGAUGAAUUUAUUACCAUGUUGAAUUCUAUUAACGUCAAGGAAUCAGCCACCAUCACCAUGAUAUGUGACGACACACUUGGUGGAAGCACAGCCAUUGAUCCACGCAAGUUUGCUGACGAGUAUAUUCGCCGCAGGCAAGCCGAGGCUUCAGGCACCCAUUGGAGCGCUCAGUCUUCUGCCGAGAGUGAUCGCCAUCCCAACCUUACUAUUCUCCAACCCGUUGCCGCUGAAUCUGAGUGGAGCACCGUUCCUGUUGGAAAGGGUGAAUUUGUUACUGGAGACUCGCUUGAUUCAUUUGCAGACAAGAACAAAUUUGUCAUCAAAUCCAAUAAGAAGAAGAACAAGAAAUAGCUGGUCACUUUGUACUGAAUGAUUGAAUCACUUGGUUUAAUAAAUUGCGUUUAGACUUUUGCC